GGAAGAAAUCAAUAUAAUAUUUGUCAACUGCCAGAAAAGCGUAUAUAAAUGAUCCACCUCUUGUAUAAUACUGUGCUGACGAAUUAUAUUUUUGCGCACUGUUGUAUUUCACUUGAAUGCAGCACGAGAACGCGGAAAUGUGCCAAGUGGAGCGCCGGUAACAUUGUUCAAUUUGUUACAUUUAUCGUCCAAUCGACUUCGCGAUCACGAAUGAUUAUUCACUCCUGUCACGUAACAAGUCUACAAGUGGGAGGCAUAUUAUUGUUGUUAUGAUAUAUAAUAGAUGUAGUAAGACAGCAAUGGAGUACCGAAUAGUUCCAGAGGGUGACAGUAAUGUACAAGCACAUUUCGGUGGCCACGCAGAGUUGUUAAAGAAUAUUUUAAAUGCAUAGCGUUACGUAAUGGUUACGCAACUAUGUACUAGUAAUGUAAGUGCGUCAUAAUAUGUAGAAUACCUAAAAUAUUUAUUUAAUUGCUAUUGUAAACGAGGCCACUGUAACAGUAGGAAUAGUUUUUGUUGUUUGUGUUUCACACGGGCAUAUUGAGGUGACGGACGGAAAUUCAGCGUUAGGCUGUGGAUGUGUACCCAUAAUGUGUACACAGUGGGGAAAAAAGACAAAGUGAGAAAGAAUAAUGCUUUAUCGCCCAGUUUGUAGAGUCAGGAGACAGAACAAACUGACACAGCUACGUACUUACAAUUUUACUUAUGCCGACUGGGAGCGGUCCGUUAGUGCGUUCCAAUUCGAAGUAUGGCACAAUGCAAUGAGCCGCCAGUACCCGGAUGUUGUACUCGCCACACUGGCAAGGUAGCAAUUCACAGUUCAAAAUAAACAAAGUGCACAUAGUGUACAUGUUGAUGUGUACUGAAGUGCGCCAGGUGAAACACAGUCUACAGUAGGUGGCGUAAAGUCACAGUUGCAACCCCCCAGUAAACCAAAGAAGAAGCAAGCGUUCCGAAACAGACGCGUCCCUCCCAAGUAGUCAUGUCUUCUUACAUUCUGGGGUUGGAUCUGGGCACCACCUCGGUUAAAGCGGUUUUAUUAGAACGGAAGUCCAGGGCUGUUAUUGCAAGUCAGAGUUUACCAUCUGCUUCUGAUGUAGCCGAUUGUAGUGGACUACAAGCCAAGGAGCAAGACACGAUCCGGAUUAUUGACUGUCUGAACCGGUGCAUCGGGCUGCUGCCAAGGGACAAGCUGCAGCAUGUGGACAGGAUUGGGGUAUCGGGACAGAUGCACGGUGUUUUAUUUUGGAAAGCCAAGAGUGGUUGCAAUUGGUCCAGCGGCAACUUCUUUACAGCCCAUGACACCAGCCGGCUGAUCACCUGGCAAGAUGGCCGCUGCAGCAACAAAUUCCUGUCUUCCCUCCCGAAACCGGACUCGCAUCUCAGCGUAGCCACAGGAUUUGGCUGUGCAACCAUCUUCUGGUAUAUGAAGCACAGGCCCGAGUUCCUGAAAGACUUCACAGUUGCGGGUACCAUCCAUGACUAUGUGGUGUCCAUGCUGUGCGGCUUGGAGACAUGUCUGAUGACGCCUCAGAAUGCAGCCAGCUGGGGUUUCUACAACACGUCUACCUGCCUGUGGAACGUUGAUAUUCUGAAAGCCGCCGGCUUCCCUUUGCACCUUCUACCUCAGUGUGUCCCCUCCGGUGAGCUGGCGGGCCAAACGUGCUCCGACUGGCACGGCAUCCCUGCUGGUACGCCAGUAGGUGCCGCCCUCGGAGACUUCCAGUGCGCCGUCUACUCCUGCCUGAGUGCACAGACAGACGCAGUUCUCAACAUCAGCACCUCCGCCCAGCUGACCUUCGCCAUGCCAGCUGACUUCAGACCUCCCGACUCUCCUCAGCCGGACUCCUCCACCACCUUCUUCCCGUACUUUGGCUCCUCCUACUUGGCGGUGGCGGCGUCACUCAACGGAGGCAAUGUGCUGGCUGCUUUUGUGGACACGCUCGCUGGUUGGAUGAAAGAGUUUGGUGUGGAGGUGAGCGAGGAGUCGCUAUACGAGAAGAUGAUUGGGUGCGCCCUGAAGCAAGAAAGCAGCGAUCUCCGAGUGAGUCCAACCAUCCUGGGAGAGAGACACGACCCUUUCAGUCUGGGUCAGGUGACCAACAUCUCUGCCUCCAACCUCUCCCUGGGUCAUGUGACCCGGGCGCUGUGCCGCGGCGUGGUAGACAACCUCACCUCCAUGAUGCCCGCCGAGCGUCUGCGGCGGGCGGGGGUGAGCAGGAUUGUGGGCAGCGGGAGCGCCCUGGCGCGGAACCAGGUGCUCAGACAGGAAGUGGAAAAAGCCUUCAUGCAGUCGGUGAUCUACGGACAAAAUGCCGACUCCGCCGUCGGCGUGGCGUUGGUCUUCUGUGACCGACUCGGAUCUGCUGAGGCUUCCUGUCCUGGGCUGAAAUGACUUUUGGAUGAAAGGAUGCCAAUUUGAUAUUUAGUAAAGAUAAGCCAAGACGGCUGUGGAAGGAUAGAAGGAUAUAUGUCAGGAAAUCUCACUUGUUUAAAAAAAAAAAAAAGCUUCGUCUUGGCUCUUUUUUCUCCAAUUUAAUUGUCAAAUUUCUGGAUUUCACUUCUCCACAACCAUUUUACACAACUUUAUUGUCUUUCUUUGUUGUUUUAUCUCAUUUUAAAGAGUUGAUGAAUGAGGAAAAGGAGAGAGAAGGAAGAGUAGAAGAGGUGUCUGCCGUGGACCAGGAAGUAGCAAAGAUUGGUAAACAGGAAGUGAGAAGAGCAUUGAAAAGGAUGGAAAGGCCCUUGGUCCUGAUGGUCUACCUGUGGAGGUAUGGAAGUGUCUAGGAGAGGCAGCAGUACGAUUCCUGACUGGAUUGUUUAAUAAGAUCUUAGGUGGUGAGAAGAUGCCUCAGGAAUGGAGGAGAAGUGUGUUGGUGGCCAUUUUUAAGAACAAGGGUGAUGUGCAGAGCUGUGGCAACUCCAGAUGUAUAAAGCUAAUGAGCCAUACCAUGAAGUUAUGGGAAAGACUAGCUGAAGAGGAAUGAAGAUUAGCCACAACAAGACGGAGUAUAUGUGUGGGAAUGAGAGGGACCCAAGUGGAAGAGUGAGGUUCCAGGGAGAAGAGAUACAGAAGGUGGAGAAUUUGAAGUACUUGGGGCCAAGGAGAGAAAAAGAAGAGUGUGCAGGCAGGAUGGAACAGGUGGAGGAAAGUGUCAGGCGUGAUGUGAUAGAAGAGUUUCAGCUAAAAUGAAAGGAAAGGUAUACAAAACUGGUAAGACCAGCCAUGUUGUUUGGUCUAGAGACAGGAAGCAGAACUGGAGGUAGCAGAGAUGAGGAUGCUGAGCUUCUCAUUGGGAGUGACCAGGAUGGAUAGGAUCAGGAAGGAUUACAUCAGAGGGACAUUACAUGUCAUCGGCCAGACUGAGAUGGUUGGGACAUGUCCAGAGGAGAGAUAGUGAAUAUAUUGGUAGAAGGAUGCUGCCAGGUAGGAGGCGUAGAGAGAGAGAGAUGCAGAAGAAGGGUUGGAUGGAGGAGAUUGGUUUCCUGUGGCGACUCCUUGAAGGGAAAAGUCCAAAGAGAAAAAAAAGGACAAAAAAUAAAAGAUGUAUAUGUCUGAUGCUAUCAUCCUCCUAUAGCUGGUCUCAAAUCCUUUUCAGACAAGAAGUGGCAUGUUGUCACACAAAUGAAGUGAAACUGAACAAAUGGGAAGUCCUUAAAAAAGAACAAGGUUGUAACUAUGGAAACAGAAAACACAUGUUAAAUUAUUUAUACUCUUUCUUGACUCAGGCAUAGUAUUAAGGCCACAGGGAAAAACAAAAAAAAUCCUAAAUAAAAUGUAUAAGGAAAAUCAGGAAAUAAAUGCAAUCAUACAUUUAUGA